UGCACUUUGUUGUUCAUACUCAAAAUUAUUGUGUAAAAAUAUACCGAUGACUUCAAAUAGGAGUCAUUGGUUAUUAAUGUAAAUAAUGAGAUCGCAUAAUGUGAUAAUAAUUUAAAUCAAAACGCGAUUGAUCUUCGAUAAUGUAGCUAAUCAGCGCGAUACCGUAGUGACGGCCGUUUUGAUAUGAGGAUUAGGUCUGAACAGGCCAGUACCGAUUCAGUAUUACUUACCAUAUCCUCAUUUACUUUAGCGAGUUUCCGGUGAUAAUACUAAUAUUGCUGUUAUUGUUUUCUAAAGAAUCAGUUGUGAUAUAUCCCUGAUAGUGUCAAAUUGUGAUAGUGAAAUGUGUGUUUCUAAUACAUUGUAUUAAUUGCUUGAGAGAAACAUCGAAUGGCGACGAAACCCAAGACUCCUGGGUUCACAGGUUUGGGAGAUGACAGCGAAGACGAGUCGGAGUACACUCCGCUUUAUGACGACGUCGACGAUUUAGAACAAAGAACAGCUCAAGAAACAAAAGGAUGGAAUCUGUUCCGAGAACUUCCCGUGAAGAAGGAGAGCGGAUCCAUGGCAUCCACAGCAUGGAUCGACACCAGUGUCAAGAUCCUUAAGUUCCUGGCAUACAUCACCAUAUUUGUCGUCGUACUCGGAUCUGCUGUUAUUUCUAAGGGCACUCUCCUCUUCAUCACUUCUCAACUUAAGAAGGGCAAACAAAUCACUCAUUGUAACAGAGCCUUAGCUUUAGAUCAACAGUUUAUAACAGUCCACUCUCUGGAGGAGCGCGUGACAUGGCUGUGGGCAGCCUUCAUAAUGUUCAGUUUUCCGGAGGUGGGCGUAUUCUUAAGAUCUGUCAGGAUAUGCUUCUUCAAAACCGCUCUGAAGCCUACAUUCCUUCACUUUCUUGCGUCUAUAGUAAUAGAAACCCUGCACACUGUCGGAAUCGCGAUGCUCGUUCUGAUAAUCCUGCCCGAACUAGAUGUUGUUAAAGGCACAAUGUUGAUGAAUGCGAUGUGCUUCGUGCCAGGGCUUCUGAAUGCCCUGUCCAGAGACCGAAACGAGCGCCGAUAUGUUUGGAAGAUCAUGUUAGACGUACUGGCGAUCUCCGGCCAAGCUACUGCCUUCGUUGUCUGGCCUCUCCUUAAAGGCGAUACUAUUCUAUGGACUAUUCCGGUAGCUUGCGUGUUUGUUUCACUCGGCUGGUGGGAAAACUUCGUCGGCAGCUCGGAUCAACAAUGGUCAGUUCUUCGACCUCUUCAAGAACUUCGAGAUGGUUUAAAAAGGACUCGUUAUUAUACGCAGAGAGUUGUGUCUGUUUGGAAGAUAUUUAUAUUCAUGUGCUGCAUCUUGAUAUCUUUGGAAAUACAACAUGAUGACCCUUUUGCUUUCUUCACGAAACUCACCACUGGUUUUGCUGACCGCUUCUACAUCGUACAUGAGGUUCAAGCAGUUAGAGACGAGUUCGAAGGCUUCUUGGGCUACGCAGUGAAGGGAUUAACAUUAGAAAUACCAGCGUCAUGGUCGACCCCACUAUGGGUGGUUCUCAUCCAAGUCUUGGCCGCAUACGUGUGCUUUGGCGCCAGUAAAUUCGCCUGCAAAAUCCUCAUUCAGAACUUCAGCUUUACAUUUGCACUGAGCCUCGUAGGACCGGUCACUAUUAACUUCUUGAUUGCCGCAUGCGGGAUGAGGAAUGCGAAUCCUUGUGCGUUCUACCGAACUAUACCUGAUUACUUGUUCUUCGAUAUUCCACCGGUGUACUUCCUAAACGAGUUCGUAGUACGCGAAAUGUCAUGGGUUUGGUUGCUGUGGAUUGUCUCUCAAGCCUGGGUGACCGCUCACACGUGGCAGCCGCGGUGUGAGCGACUCGCGGCCACUGACAAACUGUUCGCUAAACCCUGGUACUGCAGCGCGGUGAUAGACCAGUCGCUGUUGCUGAAUAGGACCAAGGAUGACGACACUGAUAUAGCGUUAGAGGACCUCAAAGGUUUGGAUGCCGAUGCUGAUUCUAUAGUUAGCGGGGAAAAAGUUUCAAAGGAUGUCAAGCCCUCUGACAGCAUAACAAGGAUCUACGUGUGUGCAACUAUGUGGCACGAAACGAAAGAAGAAAUGAUGGAGUUCUUGAAAUCCAUUUUCCGUCUCGACGAAGAUCAGAGCGCUCGAAGGGUUGCACAGAAGUACUUGGGUAUUGUCGAUCCUGAUUAUUAUGAACUUGAAGUGCACAUUUUCAUGGAUGACGCGUUUGAGGUAUCCGAUCAUAGUUCGGAAGAUUCGCAAGUGAAUCGUUUCGUCACGUGCCUCGUAGACACUAUCGAUGAGGCUGCCUCAGAGGUCCACCUUACCAACGUUAGAUUAAGACCCCCUAAGAAGUACCCCACCCCAUACGGCGGCCGACUCGUAUGGACACUGCCAGGAAAGAACAAAAUGAUAUGCCAUCUCAAAGACAAGUCCAAAAUAAGACACAGGAAAAGAUGGUCUCAGGUGAUGUACAUGUACUAUUUCCUCGGCCACCGUUUGAUGGACUUGCCGAUCUCUGUGGAUCGCAAGGAGGUUAUCGCUGAGAAUACUUAUCUGCUGGCUCUGGACGGUGACAUUGACUUCAAGCCCAUAGCCGUCACCUUGCUUAUUGAUCUCAUGAAGAAGGACAAGAACUUGGGAGCAGCGUGCGGACGCAUCCAUCCUGUGGGCUCUGGCUUCAUGGCUUGGUAUCAAAUGUUUGAGUACGCUAUUGGUCAUUGGCUGCAAAAGGCGACGGAACACAUGAUCGGCUGCGUGCUCUGUAGUCCUGGAUGCUUCUCUCUGUUCAGAGGAAAGGCUUUGAUGGACGAUAACGUCAUGAAGAAAUACACAUUGACUUCUCACGAAGCCCGACAUUAUGUACAAUACGAUCAAGGUGAGGACCGUUGGCUCUGCACAUUACUACUACAACGCGGCUACCGAGUGGAAUACUCUGCCGCAUCCGAUGCGUACACGCACUGUCCGGAACAAUUCGACGAGUUCUUUAACCAGCGACGACGAUGGGUACCCUCUACUAUGGCCAAUAUAUUCGAUCUGCUGGCUGAUGCUAAACGGACCAUCUCCAUCAAUGAUAAUAUUUCCACGCUUUAUAUUAUGUAUCAGUCUAUGCUUAUGUUCGGUACAAUCCUCGGCCCCGGUACCAUCUUCCUGAUGAUGGUGGGAGCGAUGAACGCCAUCACUCAGAUGAGCAUGUCCAACGCGCUGAUACUCAACUUGGUACCCAUUCUCAUAUUCAUCGUAGUCUGUAUGACUUGCAAGUCUGAAACGCAGCUAUUCCUGGCGAGCUUGAUAACGUGCGCAUACGCAAUGGUAAUGAUGUUGGUCAUAGUGGGGAUAGUCCUUCAAAUCGUCGAGGAUGGAUGGCUGGCCCCGUCCAGUUUGUUCACGGCCGUUAUAUUCGGGACUUUCUUCGUGACGGCGGCCCUUCAUCCACAGGAGAUCAUAUGCUUACUGUACCUAACUGUGUACUACGUGACCAUUCCGAGUAUGUACAUGUUGCUCAUUAUAUACUCGCUGUGCAAUCUCAACAAUGUCUCGUGGGGAACUAGGGAGGUGGUGCAGAAGAAAACGGCUAAGGAAAUGGAACAAGAACGCAAAGAAGCAGAGGAAGCUAAGAAGAAAAUGGACGAGAAGAGCAUACAGAAGUGGUUCGGCAAGAGUGAUGAAACCAGCGGCUCCUUGGAGAUGAGCGUGGCUGGUCUGUUCAAGUGUAUGUGCUGCACCAAUCCUAAAGACCACAAGGAAGACUUACAUCUGCUGCAGAUUGCUACGGCGAUUGAGAAGAUUGAUAAGAGAUUGGAAGCGCUCGGUGCACCUCCAGAAGAGACAGAGCCGUUGAAUCGUCGCCGAUCAUCAGCUGUGUUACGUCGACAGUCGUUAGACCCGCUCGCCAGAGUGCCAGAGUACGAAGAAAGCGAUGUAUCCAGCGAUGUACCUAGGGACGAGCGUGACGAUCUAAUCAACCCGUACUGGAUUGAAGACGUGAAUCUUCAGAAGGGCGAAGUAGACUUCCUGACCACGGCGGAGACUGAGUUCUGGAAGGACCUGAUCGAUGUAUACUUGAGGCCUAUUGAUGAGAACAAACAGGAACUGGAACGUAUCAAAACGGACUUGAAGAAUCUUCGCGACAAGAGCGUGUUCGCGUUCGUAAUGCUGAACUCAUUGUUCGUGCUGAUGAUCUUCCUGUUACAACUCAACCAGGAUCAGCUGCACUUCAAGUGGCCCUUCGGACAGUCAGCCAGUAUAGAGUACGAUGAUCAGAUGAAUGUGUUCCACAUAACACAAGACUACCUGACCCUGGAGCCGAUCGGGUCGCUGUUCAUCAUAUUCUUCGGGUCCAUCAUCAUCAUCCAGUUCACCGCCAUGCUGUUCCAUCGACUCGGCACGCUCACGCAUCUGCUGUCCAAUGUUCAGCUUAACUGGUACUUCACUAAGAAGCCGGACGACAUGUCAGACAACGCUUUAAUAGAGUCUCGAGCAUUAGAAAUAGCCAAAGACCUCCAACGUCUGAACACGGACGAUUUAGAAAAGCGUGACAACAACCAACACGUGAGCAGGAGGAAGACCAUUCAUAACUUGGAGAAAGGGAAGGAUACUAAGCAGAGCGUUGUCAAUCUCGACGCCAACUUCAAGAGGAGGCUUACUAUACUGCAAAAUGGGGAUGCUGAACUGAUCUCCCGUCUACCAUCCCUGGGAGGAACGACAGCGACGCGUCGAGCUACUCUACGUGCUCUCAAAACUAGACGUGAUUCCGUAGUGGCCGAGCGCCGCCGGUCACAGAUGCAAGCCCGAGACUCCACUACAGACUUCAUGUUCAACUCGCCCGGCGCGUUGGAGGAUCUUGGCAGUCGGGCGUCGAUUGGAGCGUACGUGAAUCGUGGUUACGAGCCAGCGCUGGAUAGCGAAGUGGAGGACACGCCGCCUCCGCCGAGACGGUCCACCGUGCGCUUCCAAGACCAUUACGCGUGAUACCGAUUACCACCUCUAAGGAUGAGAUAUCCUCGACUGGGUAGUUUUUUUAAAGGCAGUGUAAUUUAAUGCUAACAGAUAUUAUAAGCAAGACAAAUUAUAUACCUACUUUUACUUUUUAUAAUUAUAUACAAUAUACUUAAAAAGAAAAUAUAUAAAAAGAAAUUGUUUUGGAUUUUCCUCUAUGUCCUUCUUAAUUAAAUAUUUCCAGCAUACAA